UGUACAGUUUACGUGUGACAUCUGGAUUACUAUCAUAUAUCGGUAAGGCACGAUAAUCUUAUCAAAGUUUAUCUUCAUGUUCUCAACCAUUCUCGAAAAACAGAGAAAAAUUUAAGUGAAAAAGAAAAAUCGAGAGAAGUAACGACCGAUCAUUCAAAUUAUUCGUUAAUUACUAAAUCAGCUCAAACUUGAUCAUUAUCUCAACAGAAAUGGUAUCAUUAGUAAUGUAUGUAAUAUAAACGUGCGAGUUUCGAUUGAUAAUGAAAAGAUCGAUAAAAGUACGAACAGUAAAACGGAAAUAAAAAUUUAACUCGUUUUCCCGAUUUGCAUUAUUGCACAUUGGAAUCGAUAAUUUCUAUAAUGACGGUUAAAAAUAUACUGGACGCAAACAUUUAUUGUAAAAGGUAACAUUUGCUUCCUACGGAAGAAGAAGAAGUAACGAGAGGAAGAAGAGAGAAAAUACAUUUAUAAAAUGAUGCAAAAGGGAAUUGAGCAAUUUCUCAGUGUGCUGUAUAUUUCCAGUGUAAUUACAUCGAUGACAUCGAUGAUCUGCAUAACCACCGUUUGGCAAUACUGGGCAUUGAUUUUGGAUGUUUGUGUUAGCGUCGAUUGCGGUUGUAUAUUAUACUCUAAAAACGCCUUCGGUAUUCUUGGGGGGGGUACUGGAAAGAUCUGCAAAUUUGGUGUAUACGGCUUGGUGCCGACUGUUCUACUGGAUUUAUGUCUUGCCGGAUAUCAUGGAUAUAGGAGUUGUACGAAGAAGAAGUUAAAUAUACCUAUACGAACCUACAAUGAUGAUAAUGAUAGCAGAGAAUUCGGUAUCAGCGAACCACCGCUGAGUGUAGAGGCUGAAUCCAGACGAAGUCUAUCACCGUACCAAAGAUGGAUGCCUUUUGUCUGUCUUGCGAUAUUACUUUCCUGUUUGUCAUUGACUCACGCAAUAAUAAUAACCGAUGGUUUUUAUAAAACUUGCGACCAUUACAGAGCCAUACUGAUACAAGCUUUAAGUUUAACUGGACGCCAAGCCCAGGUUAUUCACGAUAGACUUUCCUGCGGAGCAAUCUUUGAUUUUAUAGAUUAUAUACGGCCGAACGAGACCACCUGGGCUCGCUCCAAACCGCCCGACACUGGUUUUGCUCUUCUAUUAGCUAUUGCUUCCACUUGGUACAAUUUUAUUUCUUGGAUGAUCGCCUUCAUGUUAUACUUUAUCAUGGCACGUAAGAAAUUGUGUUUCUUUUGAAAUUUAAUAACUUUCCAAUAUCGCGAAAUCCCGACCGAUUAGAUUUUAAGUGAUGCACGCGCACUCCUGUUCAUUCGUUGGCGAAAUAUCGAUAAAUAAUAUGAAAAAUAUAUAUAUUUUUAUUACAUUUUUAUACGUAUAAAAAAAAAGUCGUGUCUAGUUUUUCUUAAUAUUAUGUGUCGACUAUCACAUUUUCCGAAAGUAAUAUAUGCAAUACUGCGAUGGAUACCUAUCGUUUGGUUUCACUUGUUUUUAUUUUAUGCACUCGUUCGAGUAGUAUUUUAAGUACAGUACAGUCUACUAAAGUCUGCUACAAUUUAAUAUGUGCAUAGUUUGUAAUCAUCUCCAUUUCCUUUUUGUAGCUACAUAACGAAACAUUUUAUACAUUGUAUGGUCGUUGAAAUCAUUUUGCGCAUAAAUAGGAACAUAUUAUUAUUGUAAAUACAUUACGAAAAUUGUUCAAUGAAACGAAUAAACCGAUUGUAUGGUA